AUGUCUUCUUUACUACUACGUUCCGCCCGCCCCAACGUCCGCGUAGACGAUGAUGUCUGGGAUAUGAUCUUUCCUGACGCAAGGACCACAAAGAACCAGAAGGCCGCCGGAGACACCACUCAGUCCCCCGAACCGAUCACCGCCAAAGACAUUGACAUCCGAGAUUGGCCCUUCACAGACCGCAAGAAACUCGAGUCCGAGGACAACCGUAUCAAAGUCUUCAUCGACGACGAGCUCAUCACAACGAUCUCAAAACCACUGUUUCGAGCGACUUCGACGAAGACCAGCGAAAUCCUCGUGGAUGAUGCAGUCAUGCUACCCGCAGCCGUUGAUGCGGAUGCAGUGUCUCGACUCAUCAAAUACCUCGAGGACAUCAUUGCGAAUCCGGGCAAGUCCCCGCCAUUCAUCCUUUGUCUACCCAUGACAACAUCUCUGGACGUCUGUGCUGCGGCCUCGGCCCUUGGAAUGGACAAAUACGUCGAUGAUCUAUACGCCCAGUGCGAAGACCUUUUAAGAACAAGCCUACCCUCGUGGGCGACCAUCGAAGCCAUCACUUCAUAUGCGACAAUGACAGCGCACUUCUCCCGUCUCUUCCGCAUUAUGAUAGCCGGCCUCGCUAAACGCGUUUGGAACGAAACAGCCUCCAAUGUGGAAAUCUUCCAGAUCCAGCUAACCCCUGUUCUCGACAAGGCGAACCCUUUCUCAAAGAAGGGUGAUGUAUGA